AUGAAGCGACCGAAGAAAGACGACCAUGCUGGAAUCCUGGCAAGGGUGCUUGUUGGCUACAAUGGUCAGAGUGGAGCGAUUGUUCUCAGACAUGUAAUGGUGGACAUAGAAGAAGAGAAAGAGUCUGUCCACAACCGGGUCGAUGCAAAGGUGGUGCUUUUGAGGUGGAACAAUGCAACACACAGGUACAUUUGUGCUUCCUUUCGACUUUUAAGCAGUGAGUUACGUAUAUAUAAUUUGUGAAA